CACUCUUUGUACGGAACAAAUGGCACUCAAGACUAUGACGUCGAGAGGGCGGAGACGACGGCCAACAGGAAUCUGGACGUCGAAGAGAUGCGACAACAGAAACAACUCCUCAUUCGAGAACAAGACAAAGGAUUGGAGUCAUUAGCUGAGAUAAUUAGUCGCCAGAAGAAUAUGGCUCAAGGAAUGAGCUCUGAAAUCGAUUUACAAAAUGAAAUAAUUGAUGACAUCGGAGACCAUAUGGAUCAGACCAAUGAUCGACUGCUGAGGAAUACGAGAAAUAUACAAAAAGUCAACAGAAAAGCAGGCACUUGUGGUUAG